AUGAACUCCAUAGUUUUCUUGUUAUUUCAAUGGCUACCACUUCUACUUGUAUCAUUAGUUGUUCCAAGUUCUGUUACUGCAACAUCAAUUAACAUUCCAAGAAUGUUAAUUCCUUUCAGGAAAAUAGGAAACUCAGGAAUUCCAGUUGACUUUGAACCAUUCUCUUACACCCAAACACUUGAUCACUUCAACUUUAGACCUGAGAGCUACAAUACUUUCAAACAAAGAUAUUUUAUCAAUUCUAAGUAUUGGGGUGGUCCAAAUUCUUCUGCACCCAUCUUUGCUUAUUUUGGUGCUGAAGAGGCAAUUGAUGAGGAUCUUACUACUGCUGGAUUUCUCACUGACAAUGCCUCUAAAUUUAAAGCUCUUCUGCUAUAUAUAGAGCAUCGAUAUUAUGGACAAUCGAAUCCAUUUUCUUUAAUUGAAGAAAAUGAUGGAAGCACUCUUGGGUAUCUCAACUCUGCUCAAGCUCUAGCAGAUUAUGCAAAGAUCAUUAUGUAUGCAAAGAGAACAUAUAAUUCAGAAGAUUCUCCAGUGAUUGUUGUUGGAGGAUCAUAUGGGGGAAUGCUUGCGGCAUGGUUCCGAUUAAAAUAUCCCCAUAUUGCCUCGGGAGCUUUGGCCUCAUCUGCUCCAAUUCUUUACUUUGAUGAUAUAACCCCACAGGAUGGAUACCACUCCAUUGUCACGCAGAUUUUUAGAGAUACUAGUGAGACUUGCUACCAAACUAUAAGAGAUUCCUGGCUUGCUAUUGAUAAAAUGGCUUCUCAGUACGGCGGUCUUUCAAUGCUCAGCGGAAGAUUCCAGACUUGCCAAGGAUUAGAAGAUUCUUCUGAGCUUAAGAACUACUUGAAAUUAAUGUAUGGCUAUGCUGCUCAAUACAAUGGACCACCAGAAUAUCCAGUUUCCACUGUGUGCAGAGCUAUAAAUGGAGCUUCUUUUGGAACUGAUAUUCUUGGAAAAAUAUUUGCAGGAGUUGUUGCUUAUGAAGGCAACGACAAAUCUUGCUAUGUUAAUCCAACACCAUCCCAGGCAGAAAAUGCUUGGGCAUGGCAGAGAUGUAGCGAGCUAGUGAUACCUAUGGGCAUCACUAACAAUACAAUGUUUCAAGCUGAUCCUUUCAACAUAGAUAGCUUAAGUGAACGCUGCAAGAGGUGGUACAACGUUCAACCUCGGCAGCAUUCGGUCACUACUUAUUAUGGAGGCCAUGAUUUAAAGAAAACUCUCAAAAGGUUCGGCAGCAACAUCAUUUUCUCCAAUGGACUGAAAGAUCCUUGGAGCAGUGGCGGGGUGCGGCAGAACAUAUCAGACAGUAUUGUUGCUACUAACACAGCUAAUGGAUCUCACUGCUUGGAUUUACUUGCAGCAAAGCCAAGUGAUCCUCAAUGGCUAACUGAUUAUCGAGGGAAAGUGUUGGAUUUAAUAAAGCAAAUGAUUGAUCGUGAGAAGAAGGGUGAUGAUGGAGCAAACAAGGGAUAGAAAUUAACCACUUCAAUAUAAUAUUGCUAGUUAUCUAUUCAGCUUAUUAAUAAUUAAUUGCUAGAUAUUUUCAAAAACUUGGUUGCUUUGCCAACGCCACAUGCCUAGAAUUUUAGCUAUCAAUUUUCUUAAUUAUCAUGUUUUAGGGACAAAAGCUCAUUCCCGAGGAUCAGACGGAGAAGAGUCUGUUGUUGCCAAUUGUGCUGGAAUGGAAUUGAAUUUCGGAUUGGGCUUGUAUUGCUCAAAUUAAUUUUUCCCUGAUUGUUGCUUUUA